AAAAAUAAUAAAAUACAAAUUUAAAAACACAAAACGACAGACAAAUACUUGUUAAACAAGUAUUUUGAAAGACAUCGAAUUUGUAUUUAAGCUUCACGUAUUCUGUUUCUUUUUUUCCAGUAAAUACUUUAGCAAACCUUUAAAAAAUACAUUAGUUUUUCUAAAACAAUCAAAGUGUAAACACAACUAACAACAUGAAAACAAUUAUUUUCCUAUCAGUGAGCUUGACUUUAGCUUUAGCGGAUGUAUCGCAUAUAGUGGGUCAUCAUGACAGCACAACACCCAAAACGGGACCUGCUAAUCCCUAUGUAUUUAGUUAUCAGGCUGGUCGUGCUCCCGGACAUGUAGAUCGUCAACAUACCGAGGUAUCCGAUGGUUCAGGUGUUAUACGUGGUGCUUUCUCAUAUGUUGAUCCUAAAAAUCAAGUACGCACUGUUCAAUAUGUGGCUGAUGAGCAUGGCUUCCACCCACAAUUAAGCCAUGAACUCGAAGACAGUGCCGCCGUUAAGGCAGCGAAACAAAAACAUUUCAAUUUAUACAAUCGCAUUGCGCAAGAACACGCUGCUGGUGUGCAUCAUCCAACGGCCCCUCUAACUGGUCCAAACCAAAGUGAAGCAGUUGUUAGAGCCACUAACAAACAUUUGAGUUUGUUCGAUCGCAUUGCUGCCGAACAUGCUGCCAUUGGUGCUCAACAGGAAGCUGAUCGUUUAGCUCUUGCUGCCAGCUCUGGCCAUGACGAAGAAGAUGGCCAAUAUCAUCCCGAAAAAUAUUAAUGACAAAAAAAAUGGUUGUAAAUAUGUGAAAUGAGUGUUAAAUUGAAUUUAUUUUUGUAAUGUUUGUUGUUUGCCAAAAAAAAAAAUAGUUAAAAUAUAAAUAUGUAUGUGUGUAGUAAAGAAAAUUUCCUAAAUACAUAUUUAAUUUAAAUAAAAUAUA